CUUCAACUGCAGAAGUCCCAGUACCUGCAGCUGGGCCCCAGCCGCGGCCAGUACUAUGGUGGGUCCCUGCCCAAUGUGAACCAGAUUGGAAGUGGCAGCAUGGAUUUCUCCUUCCAGACACCAUUUCAGUCCUCAGGCCUGGACACGAGUCGGACCACACGGCAUCAUGGGCUUGUGGACAGAGUAUAUCGUGAGAGGGGUAGACUUGGCUCCCCGCACCGCCGGCCCCUGUCAGUUGACAAGCAUGGGCGACAGGCUGACAGCUGCCCCUACAGCACCGUGUACCUCUCGCCACCUGCGGACACCAGCUGGAGGAGGACCAACUCUGACUCUGCCCUGCACCAGAGCACAAUGACACCCACCCAGGCAGAAUCCUUCUCAGGCGGGUCCCAGGACGCACACCAGAAGAGAGUGUUACUGCUUGCUGUCCCAGGCAUGGAGGACACCAGGUCCGAGACAGACAAAACCCUUUCUAAGCAGUCAUGGGACUCAAAGAAGACGGGUUCCAGACCCAAGUCCUGCGAGGUUCCUGGAAUCAACAUCUUCCCAUCUGCAGAGCAGGAGAGCACGGCAGCCCUGAUCCCCGCUACCCACAACACAGGGGGUUCCCUCCCUGACCUCACCAACACCCAUUUUCCCUCCCCACUCCCGACGCCGCUGGACCCCGAGGAGCCCGCCUUCCCCGCUCUCACCAGCUCCAGCAGCACUGGCAGCCUGGCCCAUCUUGGCGUCAGCAGCACUGGUCAGGGUAUGAACACUCCCAGCUCUUCUCCACAGCACCGGCCAGCAGUCAUCAGCCCCCUGUCCCUGAGCUCAGAGACCAGGCGGCAGCAGACUCAGCAGGUGUCACCCACCCUGUCCCCAUUGUCACCCAUCACUCAGGCCGUGGCCAUGGACGCCCUGUCCCUGGAACAACAGCUGCCCUACGCCUUCUUCACCCAGGCUGGCUCCCAGCAGCCUCCCCCACAGCCCCAGCCACCGCCUCCACCUCCGCCUGUAUCCCAACAGCAGCCACCACCCCCACAGGUGUCUGUGGGCCUCCCCCAGGGUGGCCCACUGCUGCCCAGUGCUAGCUUGACGCGGGGGCCCCAGCUGCCACCGCUCUCAGUCACUGUACCGUCCACUCUCCCCCAGUCUCCUGCAGAGAACUCCGGCCAGCCGCCAAUGGGGAUUGACACCACCUCGGCACCGGCUCUGCAGUACCGCACGAGCGCAGGCUCACCAGCCAACCAGUCUCCCACCUCUCCAGUCUCCAAUCAAGGCUUCUCCCCUGGAAGUUCCCCACAACACACGUCCACCCUGGGCAGCGUGUUUGGGGACGCAUUCUAUGAGCAGCAGAUGACAGCCAGGCAGGCCAAUGCGCUGUCCCGCCAGCUGGAACAGUUCAACAUGAUGGAGAAUGCCAUCAGCUCCAGCAGCCUGUACAGCCCAGGCUCUACACUCAACUACUCCCAGGCUGCCAUGAUGGGCCUGAGUGGGAGCCAUGGAGGCCUGCAGGACCCGCAGCAGCUCAGCUACACAGGCCACGGCGGAAUCCCCAAUAUCAUCCUCACGGUGACAGGAGAGUCACCCCCCAGCCUCUCUAAAGACCUGAGCAGCUCACUGGCUGGGGUCAGCGAUGUCAGCUUUGACCCGGACCACCAGUUCCCACUGGAUGAACUGAAGAUUGACCCUCUGACCCUGGACGGACUUCAUAUGUUGAAUGACCCUGACAUGGUCCUCGCUGACCCAGCCACCGAGGACACCUUCCGAAUGGACCGCCUGUGAGUGGCCAUGCCUACCACCCGCCGCUGGUCAGUUCCUAACGGCACCGCUCCAAACCUGGGGAUGGCAAUGUUCCGUCCUCCUUUGCCAACGGCCAAGCUUGUGGUUCUGAGCUUGCAAUGCUGCCCAGCACCCCCUGCCAGCCGCUACCCCGGUUGUUCACCUCCCAUGAUGCCUGGCUCAAGGCCACUGUGUACCAGGCUGGCUAUCUGUCUGUUCAUCUGUCCACCUGGAGCCAGGCUGAUCACAGAGGCCAUGAGUGCCUGGCCCCGUGGACUUCCCAUGCUCGCUCCCUGGCCCCUCACUGGGGAUGUGAGAACCCUCAUCAGUGGUCCACUUCCAAGAUACCCAAAGUGUCGCUCACUCCCAGAUGUGCUGCACGAGGGGGGCUGGGGCAUGAGCGUGGGAGCGUCCCAGAGGCUGAGGUGCACCGUCCACCCGACUGUUCUCAGCUGUCACUGCCUUCCUUCAUCCCUGCCCCUCCUACCGUCAUCCCCAGCCCUGGUCAGGUCACGCAUGCCCACCGUGCCCAGGGCGAAGAUGGCAGAGCAAAGGGACAGACCCGAGCAGAAUAAACACUAUUUGGAUGGCUGCCUUCUAUAUUCCUGAGCGCUCUCAGAGCAUGACAAUCGAGCUGUGGCUGAAUGUGGUGUGGACAGAGCCCAUGGAAGCAGCCAGUGCCCCCUCCUCGACCCUCUCUCAAGCACCCUUUGCCAACUGCCAGGCAAUAUCCAGCAUGGCAGUGCAGGACAGAUGGAGGGCCACAGGCCACCUGCCCAUUUCCAUCCUUCCUUCCAGUCCCAUCAUCUGUCCCUACUGCUACUUAGGAUGUGGGGCUCAGGCGGCAGCAACCCUGUGGGUUUGUCUUAGCGUUUAGUGGCUGAUCCUCCAGCCUCUGGCCUGGAAGCAUGUGUUAGCCCUAGUCCCACCUUGACCUUUUUUUAAGGCUAACUGGAAUGGUAGCCUAAAGUGCUUGCAGGCCAGGCUGCCUGACUGUACACCCAGGCCCCACUCACCUGCAUUCAGUCUCAACUCCAAAGACCUGGGCAGGCAAGGAGGAGGCUGGAGGUGAGGUCCUGGGGACUGAGCAUGUCUGGAAGAACUGCAGAACAGACUGUAGGAACAGGCCUUGGCUUUCAUUUGGGGCCUCUGGAGAACCUACUCCCUCUGAGCAUCCCCAGGGUAUCAGCCAGGCCUCAGCAGGUCUCUAUGCUAAGAUUCCCUGUGAUGGGAGCUGUGGACCUGGACUCCAUGUGAUGGAGGCCAUGGGCCUGGCUUUCCUUUUGUGGGCAACUUUUAGCCUGUAAGUCCUCCCUACCACCCUAAGUUAUAGCUUGACGCUGUUCCAUGCCUCUGUCUGCCGGGACUGCGCCUUUCACUUGGUUGUUUCUCAAGUGACGCUGUCCACUGCCCAUGCUGGGGGCUUGGGAGCACAGGAACUGUGUGUGUCCUUCCCCCAAGCCACUGUGUGGCUGCCUGCAUGAGAAAGCUGCUGCCCCUCCAUCACUAUGCCGUCCUGUGCCCCAAUGGGGACCUGUCCAGUUCCCAGACCUUUCUGCCACAUGGUGCGGGCUUGGAGGAGUAGUAAGGAAUCAGCAUCACUAUUAGGAAGCAUGCAUGGGGUGCACCUCUCUCACCCCAGCACUGGAGAGGCAGAGGCAGGGGAAUCAAGGCCUGCCUAGGCUAUGUGAGACCCUGUCUGAAAACAAGACAGAGAGCACAUAUUCUUGGAGACUGAGUUAUAGAAGCCUGAACAAAUGGCCUUAGCAGAGAGCCUGAUGCAAGUCUCAGGCCAGACCCCUGCUUCUGGCAACCAGUAGCUAGCCUUCCAAGUUCCCAGUGAGCCAGGGUGGGAGGGACAUGGCCCCAUGACCCUCCCAAGCUUGUGGCCUGGUUUUCAAUGCCCUACAGCCAGGAGUGCAUGUGUCCAUUCAUUGCCAAGUUCCGUGAUGCAGUGAUGGGCCCCUGCCACAGCAUCCCAGGCGGUCUUCGUAACUCAGCCAGGGGCCAGGGGUUAGGUGCCUGCAUGUUCUGGAAGGGCUCACUCUCCCCCACCCUGGGCCUAGACGCCCAGUGUCAAGGGGACUCCUGGGGGGUGGUCUAGAUGCCAGCCAUCUGCCUAGUAUCCCCAGGACAUCCCAAGAUGACAACUCAAGGCUGUCGGGACCCCCAGCUGGUGACGAGCACAUACUGACGACCCAUUGAGCUGUGCUGGGAACAACCACCCUGGAGUUCCUGCAACGUGUACAUAGACCCUCUGCCCACAUCCAUGCUUUCUUGGGACAGAUAUGUGAGCCAAGCCUGGCCUUUCUCCCCAUAACGUCACCCAUGUGCCACUGCCUUCAGCAGAGCCUCAGCCAUGCAGCUGUCUGACCCAUUUCCCCAUCUGCCCAGAUGUCUGUUUACCUUGCCCUUUCAAGCCCCUGGGGCAGUGAUUAUCUACCCAGAGGCCUCCAGACUGUGGAUGCAGCUGGACCCAACCAGUCUGUGUCCUAAGAAAUGGCUUGUUCCCCAACCACAGGCCCUGUCAUGUUCCUUCUCUGUGAAGGAACACUGUCCAGUGGCAGUUCUAAAGUUGAUUGUAUAUUUAGCCUAACCUUCUUACACAGGGGGUCCCCUAGCAAGACCCACAUUCCAAAACAGCAUGCAAGGCUGGCUGACACUAUCACACGGGCCUGGCACACAGGACAAGAACAGGCAAAAGGUGUAGGGGUGACCGCCCUGUGCCUUGGUUCACUGCAUCCUGAGUUUCCUAACAUUUUCGUGCCCAGCAGAGCUGCAGGUGGAGAGGGCUGGUAGCACAGGCAUGGGGUCAGGUCAGUAGUAUAGUUGUGCCCUAGGCCUGGUGUUGUCCUUCAAGAGGUGUCCAGGUGAGGGCACCAUGGUGCAGUCUACACUGUGUGGUCUCGACUGUUGGGGGGAGAUGUGGUCUUUCACAGACCCCAAGGCCCGCCUCAAGUGUGGUGGUACUGGCCCUUUUUAUACCCCCUUCUCCUGGGGUCCCCACUUCCUUCAGGGAUCUCCUAGUGGGUGACUUGGGAACCGUGAUCAUUCCUGUCUCAGGCAUGGUCCUCAUCGUGGUACAGCUGCUCACCACCCCAUUAGUCACAGCCACGUCUCCCAGUCAGGGCAGAAGAUGGAGGAACCUGUACCCUCUCAAGCCUGGGUGCUGGAGUACUCCCAAGGGCAAGGGGUCCCCUGAACUUCAGUUUCCCUUCCGUGACUAUCUCAACCUUGCUAGACUCAGGGGCCCAACCCUUUGGGCAGGAUGGGGACAGUGGCAGGGCCCAUGACAGUGCCAGCUUCACCUUCUGCAGUCCGCCUUCCCCAGGGCUGGAGAUCCAUCACAUGGAGUAGGGGCUUACCCCAUCUCUUGGGGCUUGGGGCUCUAGAAUCCCUUGGUGACCAAGGCCCAGCCUAAUCCACCCCAGCUGGCCAAACAGUUCUGAUCACAUAGGGGACAUGAGGACAGAGCUGUGGCCUUAAAUCCAGAGGCCAGUUUUGGUCCUCAACGGUGUCUAACCCUUAGUAGGAAACAGAAUGAUAUGGGCUGGACAGCCCCUCUGAUAUAUGCAAAUGGCUGGCUCCACAUCCCCCUCCUGGUGCCCAGGCUGGUUCUGCCCCCAGCAUGCACACUCUGCGGCUGUGGAUGUCUGUGGACUGUUCACAUGGACACCACAGUUGGGAGUCAGGUUGCUCAGGGCACGCACGGCCGCCCGCCCCACCUUCUGGCGCAGACGCUUCUUUGUAUUUUUGCGCCCUUUGUAAUGAAAUGUAAUAAAACCCAAUGUUUUCGUC